AUGGGGACACUCAAGAUGGCGGCCCCCACGGUCACUGGUACGCUCAAGAUGGCGGCGCCCACGCGAACUGGUACACCUAAGAUGGCGGCUCACCGCAAUCGCCCCUCAGUUACGGGCGUGACCUCCCCAAGGUGGCGGCCACAGCACUGGUACACUCAAGAUGGCGGCUCGAAGCAUGCAUCAGUCGUGCGCGUCGCCACCUUCCUAAGAUGGCGGCGCCGCGAGGGACGUCGUUUGGCCCCCCGCUCCUGGGCGGGGCUAGGGGGGUUGCGGCCAAUGGGAUGGUGGCGUUGGGCCGGGAGGCAGGACAUGGCGGAGGUUCACAUCAUCGGGCAGAUCGUGGGGGGCAGUGGCUUCUCCCAGCGCCGCCUCUUCUGCAAGUGGGGGCUGCACACCGGCAGCGCCUGGAAGCUGCUCUCGGGGCUGGAGUCCGGGCAGACGCAGGUGGAUGACCCCCAGGCCGGCGACGUGGCUUAUUGGUGCCACCCCAUCGACGUCCAUUUUGCCACCAAGGGGCUACAAGGUUGGCCCAAGCUGCACCUUCAGGUCUGGCACCAGGACGUGUUUGGGUGCAGCGAGGUGCUGGGCUACGGUUUCUGCCACGUGCCGGCCACCCCCGGGUGCCACACGUUGGACUGCGUCACCUGGCGCCCGCGGGGGACGUGGCGGGAACGGCUGAGGCAACGUUUGAUCGGGGGGGGUCCCCAACUCCGAAACCCCGAGGCCGUCAUCUCCAGCGCCACCGACCGAUUCCGGUUGCACACCGAAGCCUCCGGCACCGUCCACCUGCAGCUCGGCGUCCUCCUGCGGCACUUCAGCCGCUACGGCGUCGAGUGCUGAUGGGGCGGGGGGGGGGACACGGCACGCCGGGGACCCCCCACCCCGGCCGGGACAGGGCACGGGGGUCCCCGGGGGGAGUGGGGUGCUGGGAUCCCCCAGGGAUGGAGAUGGGGUCCCCUGGGAGUGGGACAUGGGGGUUCCCACUGGCCUGGGACACUGGGGUCCCACCUCCCCUGCCCCCCCCCUCCCCCAGGACUGGGGUCCUUCUAAAGCUGCCCCAGGCACUGGGGCCCCCCCCAGCCCCAUCACCCCACCUAAAUCAGUGCUGGGGGCACGGGGGGGUUGUUUUGCCGUGGGGUCCCCCCGUGUCCCCCUGUUGCACCCCCAUAAAGCUUUUUUUUAAAUUCCCA